AUGCCUGCUGCUCUUCGUCUUGGUUCUAUCGCGCCCGACUUUGAGGCUCAGACCACUGCCGGUCCCAUCAAGUUCCAUGAGUGGAUUGGCGAUUCCUGGGCUAUUCUCUUCUCCCACCCGGCUGAUUUCACACCUGUAUGCACGACUGAGCUCGGAGAAGUGGCCAGGCGAGCUCCCGACUUCGCCGCUAGGGGUGUCAAGUUGAUCGGCUUGUCCGCCAACGGGCUCGAAUCCCAUCAGGAGUGGAUUAAAGAUAUCAACAAAGUUGGAGCCUCCAUCGGCCCAACUGACGUCCAGUUCCCCAUCAUAGCCGAUGCGGACCGAAAGAUCUCGACCUUGUACGACAUGCUUGACGCAGUUGAUGCUACCAACGUAGAUGCCAAGGGAAUCCCAUUCACCGUCCGCACGGUUUUCGUCGUCGACCCCAAGAAGAUCAUCCGCCUCACUCUCUCCUAUCCCGCUCAGACUGGAAGGAACUUUGACGAAAUCUUGCGUGUCAUUGAUUCUCUGCAAUUGGGUGACAGGCACAAGGUUGUCACUCCCGUCAACUGGAACAAAGGUGACGAUGUCAUCGUCCACGCAUCGCUUAAUGAACAGCAAGCCAAGGAGCUGUUCCCAGAUCACACUGCGCCUUUGCCCUACCUCCGCUUCACCAAGAACCCCGCCUAA